UUUGACUCCGCCCACAUUCCACUGACCCUUAGCAGCGCUGUAAAUAUGGCGGAGCCCUCUUUGGGGAGUUCAAGCCCAGAGAUGCUGUUGCCUGAUUAUGAUGAUGACCAGACCCCUGAAGACGAGGAGGUUCCAGAGGGAGACACUAAUUUUGGCAACGAGAUCGAAGAACUUGCAAAGGAGGGAGAAAUGCCCAUUCAGGAGCUGUUGAGUCUCUAUGGUUAUGGAGGCAGUGGAUCGCCGGACGAAGAUGAGGAGGAUGAAGACGAAGAAGAGGAUGGAGAUGAAGAGGAGGAGGAAGAGGAGGAGGAGGAGGAAGAUGAAGCGGAGGAUAUGGAUAACGAUGACAGCAGCAGAAGCACCGGAGAUCUGAAAAAGAGAAAGGAGGAUGGAGCAAAAGUUCCCACAGGAAUAGUGAAGGAGAGUCACUCAACUGACAGUCGAGCUUGUGCGGUAAAGGCCUGCAACAAAGCUGAACUCAUACGAACCAAGAACCACGGCUAUUUUCAGAAUAAUGAAGUAGAUGAAGAGUCGGAGGAGGAUGAUGACUAUAUUCCCUCUGAAGACUGGAAGAAAGAGAUCAUGGUUGGAUCCAUGUAUCAGGCUGAAACACCAUCUGGACUCUGCAAAUACAAAGACAAUGAGAAAGUGUAUGAAAAUGAUGAUCAGCUGCUGUGGAAUCCUCAAAUCCUCUCUGAAAACACUGUGGUUGAGUUUCUGACAGACGCCUGUCGACGGACCGGAGAUGAGACGGGUGUAGAUGCGAUUCCAGAAGGAUCCCACAUUAAAGACAAUGAACAGGCGCUGUAUGAGCUGGUGAAAUGCAAUUUUGAAACCGACGAAGCUUUACGAAGGUUAAGGUUUAACGUUAAAGCGGCCCGAGAUGAGCUAUCUGUGUGGACGGAGGAAGAAUGCAGGAAUUUCGAACAAGGUUUAAAGGCUUAUGGAAAAGACUUUCAUUUUAUCCAAGCCAACAAGGUCAGAACACGGUCUGUUGGAGAUUGUGUGGCUUUUUAUUACAUGUGGAAGAAGUCGGAGCGCUAUGAUUUCUUUGCGCAACAAACUAGGCUUGGAAAAAGGAAGUACAACCUUCAUCCGGGAGUAACGGAUUACAUGGACAGACUUCUAGAUGAGACAGAAAGCACUGCGUCCAGUCGAGCAGCCACCCCACUUCCUGCGGCCUCCAGCAGUAGCACCACCAGCCAAUCAGAGCGAGAGGAGACGAGCGGCCACAACGGUCUCAGCAGUCACAGCUCCAGUGCAGACGGCAUACAGACGUUGAGCAGCGCCAAUGAAGUAAAGAUCGAAUCUGUCCAGGCGAAUGGAGCACCUAAACACCUUCUACUCACCGAUCACACGGACUCCAACGGCGUCAAACUAACAGACAUCCACAACACAAACAGAAACGGAGCAGUGAAGCACCAACUUGACUGCCAAAGCCUCGAAAGGCCAGCAAAAAAGUACCGGACAGAUUCAGACUCACUGACCCAAGUUGAGACAGACCCUUCCAGGCUAAAAGAAGACUGAGCAAAAAAAAAAAAAAAAAGCCAAAGGCCAGACCAAAAUCAGAAAGCGUGGGACACCUUUCGACCUGAAAUCCAAAGCUGAGCUGCUCCAAAACGAAAUAAAACACACCACCUUUCAAUCCCGAACUACAGCUGAAUAACGCGCCUUUUUCACGAACACCAUUUUACAGAGAAAUGUUUAUUCUAUAUGUAAUGGAUAUUUUUUUACCAACAAGAUAUUUAUAUUUUUUAUUAAGACGUUUUUGACAAUGGGUAGAUAUGCUGUGUAAGCCUUUAUACAUAAUGUGUGAGUGCUGGUGUGGUUUGGCCACGACCAGUGUGUGUGUGUGUCUGUCCAGGUACAUCAAGCCGUGUUUUGGUUUAUAUUCUAUGCUAAUGGUUAGCUUGUUUGUGUUAGCGGAGGGAGGUGUACUGAAAGCAGGAGUAGUCAAAAUAAAUAAGCCAAUGGAAUCACUCCUUUUUAAUUUACAUUUAAUUUAUGGUUAAGUGUCCAGGAAAUCAGUUUGCUAGCUUUACAUUUCUAGUAGUUGAUUUAAACUCAGUUUUGUUCCAUUGUUUUUGUUUGCGAAAAGAAAAUGAGGCCAAUUAUUAUUUAGUUUAUUGAUUUUCUCGUUGAUUCUUGUAAUUGUUACCCAAUCUGGAUACGGCCUUAAACAAGACUAUGAGAACUACAAAAAGCAAAACAAAACAUGAAAUAAAUGCUCUACUGUUCAUAUUAUUGGAAUAAAUAGACAAAAUGUUCAUAAAUAGGUCCUAAUUUGGCUUCAUUGUCUUUUAGCAAAUAUAAAAUUGCAAUAUUAUUAUUUAUUUUUAGAGAAUGAAAUGAACGUACAUGUUCUUGACAGUUUUCGUUGUUUGUAGGCGUUUUGUCUUGUAUUGUAUACAUUUCUUACAGAUCAUGGUUUAGAUUUUCACCUCACCAUCUUAUUUUUUGAGUUGUGCAUGAAAUUCACAAUCUCCAAGUUUCCUUAAUCACAAUUCUUGCAAUUAAGGAAAGUUACAGGCAACGAAAUAUAAUAGAAUCACCACCGACAGUGAAAUAAAGAAACAUGUUUCAGUGUAAUUCAAGCAGGGUUAUUGUGCAAAUGUCCCUGAAAUGUAUGAAGAUCCCAGAGGAACGUAUUGAAUGUCUUUCAUAAACAGUUAUUAGUUUGUAACACUUAAGCAUUUAUUUCUGCUUUUAAUGUCUGUUUAAAAUGUCAGUCAGGUGAGUUUAUUACGUUGUACUGUCUUAGAGUCGUGUUUAUUUGACUUUUUAAUACAAUGAAACGCAUAAAUUACUUUGUGGCCACAGAUAUGUCCUUAACUGUCUAUUUUACGCAUUAUGUUUUCAUAUUUUGUUGGCAGGACACUCUUUGACUGUAAUUCACCUCCAGUUCUUUAUAGACAAAUAACUCACCUCAUUCUGUGGAAAACAACUCCUUAUUAAUACUUUAAUGAAAUCAUGGUGCUAUAUUUCCUCUGAAUGGUCGUCUUCAUUGGCUUAUUUAUUGUCGUUUGUCCU